AUCAAACUGAUCCUAAAACUGAUCCGGAGUUAUUUUUUCUAGACAUUCCUUUUUCUAAUCAAACUGAUCCUAAUCCGGUUCAAAAAACCGAUCCAUCUGAAGGAGUUAUUUUUUCCACGCUACAAAAAUCUCACGCACUGCCGUCGAAAAAACCUUUAUUUAUUUAUUUUAUUUUAUCUUAUUUCUCAUCUGAAAUCAUGGUUCCUCAUGGUCACAAGCGAAGAAGUGGAGGACGUGCUAGGAGUUGUCGUUCAGAUUCAGAUAGUUUUCAUGACCUCCUUCAUAGUGCUGCUACCGCCGAGGGUCUAAAGUCCGUAAAUCGUCAGAUUGGCAGUGUUACGAAAGGGAGCUCAAUUUCGUGUCAUCAUCUUUCCAUGCUCUAUGAAAGGUGCAUAAGUUAUCUUGGGUGUGAUGAUGGAGAAUGUCAAAAGCUCCACAAAGCUUUGUCCCUACACUGCGGUCCUGAAUACCUUCAUCCAAAGGCCAAUGCUGUCGAGGAUGGGCGUGAUCCGUUGCAUGACGCUAUCAUGUCAACAAAUAACAAAGCAGCAUGUGUGGCUCUUACCAUGAUGUUCGAUGAGUGUGCAAGCAUCUGUGGGAGCGAUCAUGAAAGUUGUAGGCACCACCGCGAAGAAUUGUCCCGAUUUUGUAGUGGUUUUGAAAAGGAUGGACUGCCCACUGAUGAAGAGUGGUGGAUUAUGCGAUUUUGGAAGUGAUCAUAAUGCUUGUGCGCUUUCGCCAAACUUUGUCCCAAUAUUGUUGUGGCAAGGAUGAUGCGGUUUCCCAUCUGCAAAGAUAUAACUAAAGUUUUAUGUUUUGUUAGUUGUGGCCCUUGUGGGGAUAUGUUAUAUAAUUUAUGGAAGAUGGAUGUUAGGAAUGUUUAAGAUGUUAUUUUAUGGCUAGGACUUCGAAAAAACUUGUGUAUUCGUAUAUCUUCUCUGCCAAAACAUGGAUUCCCCAAAUGGAAACCACCAAAAUAUGGGUUGUUAAUUGUUGCCCACUUAACUGGUAGCUGAUUAAAAAUUAUUACAUUAUUAUUUUACCUU